AUGCCUAAAUACUAUUGCGACUACUGUGACACAUAUUUAACUCACGAUUCUCCCAGCGUAAGAAAAACCCAUUGUACAGGAAGAAAACACAAGGACAACGUAAAAUUUUACUACCAAAAAUGGAUGGAAGAACAGGCUCAACAUUUAAUUGACGCAACCACUGCAGCUUUCAAGGCUGGUAAAAUCGCCAACAACCCCUUCGCGGGGCCCGGCAAGGGUGGCGUGGCCAUUCCGCCUCCAGCACAAUUGAUGGGUCAACGGCCCGGGGCUCCGCAAGCCCAAAUGAUGCAACAAAUGGGACCUGGCGGUAUGCCCCCCAUGAUGAUGGGGCCUCACGGGCCUAUGCCUCCGAUGAUGGGUAUGCGACCUCCUAUGAUGGGGAUGAUGCCUAUGGGACCUAUGGGGCCGAUGGGACCUGUACGCCCACCAAUGGGUGCCAAAUAA